CCAAAGACUCGAUCCUGGAUGUGCCCUAUUUUUGUCCUCGAGCAGAAAGGCAUCAUGAUGUUAGCGGAUGAAGAUCCAAUGCCCUCCAAUGGCCCUCUGUUUCCCCUACCUAUGCAAGCCCCAAGGUGGAGGGGGCUCAAUGGGAAUGCGCCUGCCUAUGGUGGAUAGGCCUAUGGUGAACAAUCAUAUGUGGGUCAAGAAACUCCUUGUGAUGGGACUGCUAGUGAAGCCAUGAAUGUCGAUCCUCAGAUUGCCGCUGCUUCUCAGGAAAAGUCCAAGGGCAGCCCUUUCUCUGGUGCGGUGGCUGAUUUUGAUGCCUCUAGUCACAAUCCCUCUACACUAGAGGUGAUGCCACUCCAGAUGGUUGCGCCAAUUGUUUCUCAGAAUGAGGCGUUGGUGGUGUUUGGCCCUGCACAUCCUCUAGUCCCAUACUCUGACGACAAGGAUGACAACAGUGAUGAUGUGGAAAUACUAGAAGGCCCAGUGGUGAUCCCUGCUUCCCAUAAGAGGAGGGCGCGCAAGAUGAAGGAGGCCCUUGAGGACAAGUUCCUACAUUGCAGCAAACGCCUCAACCAUGAUCUGCAAGGCUUCAGGGACGCUGCAAGCAAGGAGUAGGCUGAAGAUUUCCCUGACAUCUACACGGGCAAGGUAGACCUGCAGCAAGGUGCUGACCUAGCACCACACAUGUCUCCUACAGUCAUCCAUGGAAUUGCCAUGGGUUUUCUUUAGAUCUAGCCUGAGGCUAUGUCUACUGCCAUUCUGGAGGAAUUAGAUGACGAUAAUGUCAAUCCUACUAUAUAAUAGGUAGUAGGGAUAUCGUUGAUGAUGUGCAUCUUUUGUUGGCUAGUAGUCUUUAUCACCAGGACCUUAGUUGGGUGUUCUCCAGUGAACAAUCUCAGUUUCGUGCCCUUUGAGGCCUUUAUAAUUAGUUGGUUACUCUACUA